GACAGCAAACACACCUCGACACACAGUGAGACAGAGACAGAGACGGAUCUUCUUCACAGAAGUUUCAGGAUUAGACACUAAUGGAAGAAGCUCAGGAAAGUCGUACAGAGAGUUUAGACUGGAAAACGGCACCGGAUCCAGACCUCGCCGCUCGCCUGUUUUCCAAAGACCUUCUGCACGGCAACAGAGACUCCAAGAGUCUGUUUCUGAGCGUGGACAUCAGACAAGACAGAGAGGAGCAGGACCAUGCUUUGGUCGCCUUCUACAACAGAGACACAGUUCAGUGGACGGCGCCGCUUCUGUGCCAACUUAAAGGUGACGCCGCGACAGGAAGUGGGGUCGACCGCCACAUGAUGUCAACGGUCAUCUGCAAGCUCAUGAGCGGAUUCCACAUAAAUUUCGGACAUUCAGCCAUCACUAAAAUCUUUGAGGGUGAGCCUGAUCAUCAGAUCCCGUCCGUUUCGGACGAGCUGCUCGAUAACCGCAUGUUCACCGUCGCCGGGCGGAUGAUUGGACAUUCCUUCCUGCACCACGGCCCCAGUUUCCCGGGCCUGAGUCUGGCCGUCAUUCACAUUCUGUUCGGAGGUUCGCUGGAGACAACGCCGGUCACGAUACGAGACUGUCCGGACCUGGACGUUCGGGACGCCGUCAGAGCGCUUGACGGAGACGCUGACAUAAAAGACCCCGACUCCGUCCACCAGCUCUGCCUAUCGUCAAAUCUGCCACUGCCAAACGCCACCAACAGGAAGUGGCUGUCUGAAAAGCUUCUCUUUCAUUUUGUUAUCGAGCAAACGAGGCGUCAGAUCCAGCAGCUCUGUGAAGGAUUGAAAGAGACGGGACUAUGGCCACUUGUCCUCCACAGAAGAGACAUAAUCCCAAUCCUGUUUCCCCGGGAAUCAGAGGCUCAGCUCACACCUCAGAUGAUUCUGGAUUGCAUCGUAUGGCCUUCGGCUGUAACUGUCAUCUUUGAGAGCGGCAUGGAAACUGAUGAUGACGAAUCGGGCGUCACAGACGUACAUCGAGUGUCAGGCUACUUAAAAAUGUUUAUCGAAAAUGCGUCUCCCGCCGAGUUAAAGAGCCUCAUAAAGUUCUGGACGGGCUGGGAGGUUCCCGCCACAGCGAUGAGGGUAGAGGUGGUGGAGGCGUCGCUGCCCAUGGCGUUCACGUGUUUCGAAAAGCUGCGUCUGCCGAGGCGAUACGUCAAAUACAGGAAGUUUCAGCGAGACCUGAGCGCCUGCAUUUCAAGCAGCUACAGCGGCUUUGGUCGUGCCUGACGACUAAAUAUGUUUAUAUGUGAAACAAAAUAAAAUAAAAACAUAUUUAUAUUUUA